CUUUCCACCAACAAAUCCGAAUAAUCCAGAUCAGAAACCAAAGUUUCCCCACGAAAUCUCUCUACUUUCCCCCCUCGAUGGACUCUCUCCAAGCCACUUAUAAAGACGAUUACAACGAAGAAACAGCCCCCCAACCAUCUCCGGUCACCGGCGAACCUCUAAAAGACACUCUUCUCCAAGCCGACGCCGAGCCCAUUAAGGAAACCGAAACCCCAAACGGCAUCAGCGCUACCAAGCCCGAAACCACCCAGCCUGCGGUGGCUUCAUCGGAUUCUCUCUCUGAAGAAGAUCCUACCACCACCACCACGACUGCUUCCGACGACACCCAAAAUCCACUUAAAGUUCCUCGAAACUACGACGAAUUCGAGAAUGACGAAGAAGAACCCCAACCCAAAAAGCAAAAGCAGCUAUCGUCUUUAACAGCUGCUCCUCAGUACUCACAUUCAGUCCCCGCAAUCAGCGAUGAUAACCCCACCAACGUUGUCGUCGAAAACAGUAAUAACAACGGCAAUGCCCCGUCAAAUCCUUCCCCUUCUACAAAAGCGAAGGCAACAAAGAAGUCUAAGAAGAAAAACAAUAAUGUUUGGGUGACUAAAACGUCGAGGAAAGGGAAAAAGAAGAGCAAAGUGAAUAGCCAGAAUGCUGGGAAUGGGGAGGAACCGGUUUUGAUCGCUCCUGUUCCGAGAUUCCCUGAUAAAGGGGACGAUACCCCUGAUAUGAAAAUAUGUCUUUCCAAGGUUUAUAAAGCCGAAAAAGUGGAGUUAACUGAGGAUAGGAUGAGUGCAGGUAGCACGAAGGGGUAUAGAAUGGUUAGAGCUACGAGAGGGGUGGUGGAGGGAGCUUGGUACUUUGAAAUCAAGUUGGUGAAGUUGGGGGAGACCGGGCAUACGCGGCUCGGGUGGUCUACCGAUAAAGGGGACUUGCAGGCGCCGGUCGGGUACGAUGGCAAUAGCUUUGGAUAUAGAGAUAUUGAUGGGAGUAAGGUGCAUAAAGCUUUGCGAGAGAAGUAUGGAGAAGAAGGGUAUAAAGAAGGGGAUGUUAUAGGGUUUUAUAUAAAUUUACCUGAAGGAGGGUCUUACGCUCCCAAGCCCCCUCAUUUGGUUUGGUAUAAAGGGCAGAGGUAUGUGCAGGCCCCCGAUGCAAAAGAGGAGCCACCUAAAGUGAUUCCUGGAAGUGAAAUUUCUUUUUUCAAAAAUGGUGUAUGCCAAGGAGUUGCUUUCAAGGAUUUGUUUGGCGGUCGUUACUAUCCUGCUGCUUCAAUGUACACCCUUCCAAAUCAACCAAACUGUGUGGUGAAGUUCAACUUCGGCCCCAACUUUGAAUGCUACCCGGAGGAAUUUGGUGGACGUCCACUUCCUAGACCCAUGGUUGAAGUUCCUUAUCAUGGGUUUGACAACCAAGUGGAAAACGGUGUAGCCAAUGAGAAGAAACAGUAGUGAGCUUGAAUCAGAGACUAACAUCAUUCUAAAAUACCUACUAAUUUGAAGGACUGUUUUAUAUUUGUAAUUUUAAUUAUUUACUCUUGAAAUUAGGUCUGCUGAGUUGAUUGAUUAGUUCUGUAAACUCUGACUUGUCUUUAAAGACGAGAGAAAGUUC